GGGGUGACGUAUCCGUGACGUCGGUUGCUACACAGAACGUCUCCGUCCGGGAAACCGCGGCGCUUUGGCGGGAGUUCCGCCGCGUCCCCUGGCGACCGGAGAUCAAACAACGGGCUCGGGCAGGAGGCGAUGAUUUGGAUGAACGGUGAGGGGCUGACAUUUAUCGAGGAUGACGCAAAGUGACAGUGUGCCCUGUGAUGCUGUGGGUAGAAGAAUCGCCUGUCGGGAUGAAUAUGGCACUGUGCGCUUUGUGGGAAAAGUGACAUCAGCACCAGGAAUUUGGCUCGGAGUGGAAUGGGACAAUCCCGAGCGGGGAAAACACAAUGGGACUCAUGAAGGAGUGCAGUAUUUCCAGUGCAGUCACCCCACAGGUGGUUCGUUCAUUCGCCCUCAAAAGGCAAACUUUGGAGUUGAUUUCCUCUCGGCAGUGAAGGAUCGCUACGGGCCGGAGGGCAAUCAGGGAAUACAGGACUGCCGGGGCAAUCCUGUCCGUUGGUGCAAGAAACCCAUCGAAUUACUGGGAAACCGGGAUGCAGAAAUUAAACAAAGGUGGUUCGAAUCAUUGUUGAUUGUUUCGGUCAUAGAGUGUAAAGUGAGCCACGUCAUUGAAGAGGACGAAAUCUCCAACGUCUGUCCCAAUGUGGUAGAGCUGAAUUUGGCCAAGAACCUGUUUUCGUCCUGGGAAAAAGUAGCACGAAUUACUCGGCACUUAAGGAAACUGGAACAUCUUGACCUCAGUCAAAACAAGUUGACGCUCAUUUCUAAUCCGGUCUCGCUCUCUGAUGCCUUUGCCAACCUGAAGAGCUUAGCCAUUCAGUACAACGGACUGACGUGGGCCCAGGUUCUGGAAUGUGCCCCAAUGUGGCCAGUGCUUGAAAGAGCCCACCUAUCAUCUAAUGCCAUCUCGGUACUGGAAAGGCCUGUUGAUGUUCUGCAAAACUUGACAUUACUGGACCUCAGCUCCAACCCGCUGGCUGGUGCAGAUCAAUUGGUGCACAUUGCGUACUUGCCGAGGUUGGAGCAACUCAUAUUGUCAAAUACUGGGUUAACCUCUUUGUAUUUUGAUGAUGUUCAACCAGAUGGUAAAACAGCAAUGUUUCCCAAACUGACAUCGCUGGCUAUUGACAAGAAUCAAAUAUCAGAGUUUUCAACGGUGAAUGAGUUAAACAAGUUGCAGAGCUUGGAACAGCUGAAAUUUAGUGACUACGCAAUGGUGGAACAUGAGAAGAACUCAAAAACUGUGCGGCAGCUUAUCAUCGCAAAGUUGGGAGGCCUCAAAGUGUUAAACAAAACGGAAAUUUCGGCUGACGAGAGGAAGGGAGCAGAACUAGACUAUCGCAAGAAGUUUGGGAAGGACUGGCUGAAAGCUGGAGGGAACCAUGAUCCCGAGAAAAACAGACCUGAUAAGGAAUUCUGUGCCCAACAUCCUAGGUAUCAAGUACUCAUCGAGAUGUACGGAGCUCCAGAAGAGGCCGAGAUGGAGCAACAGAAGUUGUUUGCCCUGAAGGAUCAGCUGUUGGCUUUGACCAUCAGAUGUCCAGAUAAUCCAGAUCAGAAGCUAUUGGAGAAGAAACUACCAGACUCCAUGACCAUUCAGAAAGUGAGGGGCUGCUUCAUCGAUUGCUCAGGUUCCAGGUGCUGAACUAAAAUUAACGUACAUCAGUUCAAAGAUGGACAUGGAGAUAGACAUGGAUAAUGACCUGAAACCUCUUUCAUAUUAUUCAAUAGAGAGUGGAGACUGUAUACUAGUGCGGUGGUAGGUGUGUAUAUAUCAAGGGAAAGGAAGAACAUUCUAGGGAAGACGUUUCUCAGCACCAACCCAGCACUCUGUUUGCAGAUGCAUGUGAUCUCGUGAUACAAACAGCUUUGGGAGUGGUUCCUGUAACAUGCUGGCAAACAACAGUUUUUGGUGUGCUAAUUUUGGAGCAACAGACUGGUGCAAAUGUUAGAGUUCAAAAUGUAACUUGCACCCACAACAUAACUCGGAGAGCUUUGUAUUUAAUUGUUUUUGGUUUUAAAAAAAAGCUCAGGACGAGCUGGACUGAGGUACAGUUUGUAGCAAUUCUAAAAAUAAUGUCAUCUGUUUAACCAUGGGGGCACCAAGCACCUCCAGUAUUCAUUGUAAACCUUGAGUGUUUGCUCUUUGCAUCCUGUGGUUCUGAACCCAGAAUGAUUUGAACUGAGCUGAAAGGUUCAUUGUUAAGUGUCUUUUGGUGGUUUGGAUGUUGGUCCUUAAUGUUACUGCAUUGGACUCUUGUUUCAGUUGCUUAACAAAUAUUUUGGCUUCUGGCAAUGAACGAGUUUGGAUGAUUCUUGUCUGAACUUUAUCGUUCUCUCCUGUCCUUCACAACAUGAACCUCAGGGUAGCAGAACACGUGUGUCAUUGCAGUCUGUCCAGUGGGCUUAUGCUGGGAGUGGCCUUUUUCCUUCCUUUCCCUGUCUCUCCCGAGCUGUGGUCUGUGACAGGGGUGGGGUGUUGGUGAUUGAACAUGCAGUGGUGCUUUUGAAGGAGAAUGAUAUUCUACACGUUCCUGGGGAGAGAGAGGUUUGAAUUCCUGUGUAAAAAUGAUUGAGUGGAGCACUGUCAGGAAGUCGUAAUUACCUAGGAAGCAUUUGUUGACAUAGCACAAGUUCAAGGUUUUCUUUCCAUCAUGAAUUACAAGCAAGUGAUGUUUAACUCCUUUACAUUCUCCUGACUAUUAAUUGAACUUAUCUCCUACAACAGAUUUUCUCUUUACAUUCUAUGUAGUUGUACUUGCUAACUUCCCACACUAUCCAAUUUUAGCCUUUGAACUGACUAAGGUCAAGUAACUAUUGCAGUGGAAGUGUUGGUUACCGCACCUCUGCCCCAUGACAUCUCAGCAGUGUUGAGUGUAUCACAAAAGGCUGAGCUCCCCACUUCACACUCAGCACAUGUGCUGGGUGCCACCCGUCAGAGACAGACAUUCGAAUAGUGAAAAAAUAAAGCACAACAGUUUACAUCUUGGGGGUUUUGUCACAGCCCUCUCAUCAGUAUAAUCCCAGGCUGUGAGAAACUUGUCCUAUUAUUUUUACUUUUUACUCUCAGUUCAGAUCCCCUAAUGUGGCUUUGUGUUCAGUUUACUUAAGCGUGAUUGGAUCUAAAGCAGAGUUGUGACAAAGGGUUAGAGCAGAAGCAUUACCUCUUUCUUCUCUCUCCACAGAUGCUGCCUUUUCUCUUUAUUCUCUCAGCUUUUCACAUUGUGAAAAGUGUAGAAUAUUUUUCUCCUUGUAAAGCUUUCUCAGCAGACUCGCACAUCUUUAGAGUGUUGUAUAGCAGUGUUGUGGGUUCCAAGAGUUCUGAUUACAUUUGACAUGGAUAAGUAGCUGUAGCGAGAAGCUAAUACAAAAUCCAUUCCUCUCACUCUAAAUAAAAGGUUUUUGCUGCAA